AAUCGGAAAAUAACCCGAACGACGAUCUGUGUGACGACCUAAACAAAAAACUGAGCGAAGACCUGAAUGAAAACCUAAACGAAGACCUGAGCGAAGACCUGAACGAUGACCUGAACGAAGACCUGAGCGAAGACCUAAACGAUGACCUGAACAAAGACCUGAGCGAAGGCCUGAAUGAAAAUCUGAACAAUGAUCUGAGAAACGACCUGACCUACAACCUAAGAGAUCUGAACGACGCUGCGAAUAAUGACCCAGAAAAUGAUCAAAACGAAGGCAAUUUAGACGAUAAACAAGAACAAAAUGAAAAUGAAAUAAUGUUACAAACAUUGAAUUAG